AGAUAAAAGGUAACUAUUAACAUACAUAUCUUUAUUUUCUUUCCCAAAAUUGUUUAAAUAUAAUCUGGGGCCUCAUGUGUCUUUACAGUCAUUCAAUAAUUUGAUGGGUUUUUUUACAGCUCCUAGAUACAUGAAUAUCUCCAACACCCCCAACACCUCCAGCACCAUCACUGGCUUCAUCCUCCUGGGCUUCCCUUGCUCCAGGGAGGGGCAGAUCCUCCUCUUUGUGCUCUUCUCUGUUGUCUACCUCCUGACCCUCAUGGGCAACGGGUCCAUCAUCUGUGCUGUGCGCUGGGAUCAGAGACUCCACACCCCCAUGUACAUCUUGCUCGCCAACUUCUCCUUCCUAGAGAUCUGGUAUGUCACCUCCACUGUCCCCAACAUGUUAGCCAACUUCCUCUCUGACACCAAGGUCAUCUCCUUCUCUGGGUGCUUUCUCCAGUUCUACUUUUUCUUCUCCUUGGGUUCUACAGAAUGCUUCUUCUUGGCUAUUAUGGCAUUUGAUCGGUACCUUGCCAUCUGCCGGCCUCUACACUAUCCAACCAUUAUGACUGGCCGUCUCUGCACCAAUCUUGUGGUAAGCUGCUGGGUAUUUGGUUUCCUUUGGUUCUUGAUUCCCAUCAUCAUCAUCUCACAAAUGUCCUUCUGUGGAUCCAGGAUUAUUGACCACUUCCUCUGUGAUCCAGGUCCUCUUCUAACACUCACCUGCAAAAAAGCUCCUGUGGUAGAGAUUAUCUUCUCCACUUUAAGUCCUCUGCCCCUCGUUAUUCCCUUUCUCUUCAUCAUGGGAUCCUAUGCUCUGGUCCUAAGAGCAGUGUUGAAAGUCCCUUCAGCAGCUGGGAAAAGAAAGGCUUUCUCCACCUGUGGGUCUCAUCUGGCCGUGGUUUCACUGUUCUAUGGCUCAGUACUGGUCAUGUAUGGGAGCCCAACAUCUGAGCAUGAAGCUGGAACACAGAAGAUUGUGACUCUGUUUUAUUCUGUUGUGACCCCACUCCUUAAUCCAGUGAUAUACAGUCUUAGGAACAAAGAUAUGAAAAAUACCCUGCAGAAAUUUCUGGAAAUAUAA